ACGAGCGGCAAAAUAAAAGACGAAAUUAACAAGUUGCGGAGGAGGUGGGACGGCGAGAUAUAGUCGUCUCUCCUCUCUCACGUAUCAGCUGCUGACAUUCAGUUCCCUCGUGACGUUCGCGUGCUGAUCGCGCUGCUCCGGUGCCAGUCGCGUUUUCCGGCCGUCCGUCUCGCUCUCUCUCUCGCGCGAACGCACACGUGUACUUAAUUGUUUGACACGUCAUUGCGUCGACGGGGGAUACCUGGAGGAGAAAAAAAAUUCAAUCGCCGUGGUGCGCGAGCGCUUCUCCAUCGUACGUAACCUUGCCCGAUGUCAUCGCCUCUGGCUGCCGUACGGUCGUCAUCGAUAACGAGGAACUGAGACCUUCCGUCAAACUGUAGCUUAGUGUUAGCCCUAGUUUAGCAGCCAGCAGCCCCAAUAAAGCCAGCAUGCCGACUACGAGAGGUUCCGGGUACUUAAAGCGUGCAAAUACUGAACGCCUCCAUGAAAUUUUUAAUCAGUAUGCCACGCAGGAAAAGAAUGGUGAGCGAUUUAUGACCGCAUCUGACUUUGUGCGCAGUUAUCUUGGCCUUUAUACGGAUGCUGAUUAUAAUCCCGAUUCUGUCAGUUUACUUGCUGGUAUCGUCGACACUAGUAAAGAUGGACUUAUAUCGUUUGCCGAAUUUCAAGCAUUCGAAGGUCUUCUUUGUGUACCAGACGCUUUAUACAAAACAGCUUUUCAAUUAUUUGAUACUAAUGGAAAUGGAAUGGUUGCAUUUGACGAGUUCGUUGAGGUGAUGCGGCAAACCGUAUUACAUCAAAAAAUGCCCUUUAAUAUGGACAGUAGCUUUGUUAAACUUUACUUUGGGAAAGAUAAGCAGAGAUUAAUCAACUACGCGGAAUUCAGUCAGUUUUUGCAUGACUUCCAUGAAGAAUAUGCAACAGAAGCUUUUAAGAAAUUUGACAAAGAUGGACAAGGUUUUAUUUCAGCGUUAGACUUUCAAGAUAUCAUGAUCAGUAUUAAGAGUCAUCUACUCACAAAAGAUGUGAAGGAUAAUCUAGUUGCUGCAGUUAGUGCCGGCCAAAGUGGGCGAAAAGUCAGUUUCCCAUAUUUUAUGGCAUUCAACUCUCUUCUAAACAACAUGGAACUUAUUAAACGUAUUUACUUAAAUGCAACUAAUGGUCACAGAUAUCAAGAAGUCACCAAAGAGGAAUUUCUUUAUUCGGCACAAAUGAUGUCCCAAAUAACCCCAUUGGAGGUUGACAUCCUGUUUCAUCUUUGCGAUCUACUCCAUCAAACUGGACCUACGGAAGAUGACGAGGCAGAUUCGCGGCUUGGAAAGAUUGUGUAUAAUGAUCUCGUGGCUAUUACACCUGAGCAGUAUUUCAAGCAGAUUACAAAACGUGUUGCCGAAAUCAAAGCGGUGUCAAGUCCGGAUGAACGUGGUAUUUUUGUGCAAAUGCUCGAGAGUGGUUAUCGGUUUGUCCUUGGUUCUAUUGGUGGUGCUGUUGGUGCUACAGCUGUAUAUCCUAUCGAUUUGGUGAAGACCAGACUGCAGAAUCAGAGAACCGGGUCUUUCAUAGGCGAGUUGAUGUAUAGAAACAGCUUCGAUUGCUUCAAAAAGGUUAUACGACAUGAGGGUGUUUUCGGUCUUUAUCGAGGUUUGGUGCCUCAGUUAAUGGGAGUAGCUCCAGAAAAGGCUAUUAAACUUACAGUUAACGAUUUCGUCAGGGAUAAAUUUAUGGAUAAAAAUGGAAAUUUACCACUAUAUGGAGAAAUUAUGUCUGGUGCCUGUGCCGGAGCGUCGCAGGUCAUAUUCACUAAUCCUUUGGAGAUUGUAAAAAUUCGGUUACAAGUAGCCGGGGAAAUCGCAGGAGGGCAGAAGGUUAGAGCAUGGGCCGUCGUCAAGGAAUUAGGUCUUUUUGGAUUAUACAAAGGUGCUAGGGCCUGCUUUUUACGAGACGUGCCAUUUAGCGCCAUUUACUUCCCUGCGUACGCUCACACAAAAGCACGAUUGGCCGACGAAGGGGGUUACAAUACGCCAUUAUCGCUUCUCGUUUCCGGUGCGAUCGCUGGCGUUCCUGCAGCAGCGUUAGUCACUCCUGCGGAUGUAAUAAAAACGAGAUUGCAAGUCGUAGCUAGAGAAGGCCAAACCACAUAUAACGGAUUGCUGGACUGUGCAAGGAAAAUUUACAAGGAGGAGGGUGCCAGGGCAUUCUGGAAGGGCGCGACAGCUCGAGUGUUCAGAUCAUCACCUCAAUUUGGUGUCACUCUCUUCACGUAUGAGGUACUGCAAAGGUUGUUUGUCGUCGACUUUGGAGGAUCUCGACCUUCCGGGUCGGAACUAAAGGUGCCUAGCAUGGGAGUCGCAGACGAAAUUCGAUCAACGAAUCCAGAUCAUAUAGGUGGCUACCAAGUAGCUCUGCCCAUCUUCACCGGUAUAGAAAGCAAAUUCGGUCUUUGUCUACCCAGGUUCCAGGCUGUUACCGGAAAGUAACGAUAUUGUUAGCAGUUGCUAGAAAACACUAAAACUUGUAGCAAUCCCUGCCAUAAAUAAUGUACGAAUACCAGUUACUGAUUGCUUUAUCAACUAGUGAAGUGAGUGAGAUGCGUUGUGAGCUUCACGAAUCACACACAAUUAUGAGUCCGCAAAAAAUUUCAUCUCAAUAAUCGUCUCGGCCAUUUCGAGUUGGGUAUCGUAUAGAUCACAUGAAAUAGCGAUAAGAAGGAACAACUGUCGAUGGAAACACGUUGAAUCAUUAAAAGUGCGCAUAAAACAAGUGUAAUAAAUUAUAGA